AGGAAUAUAAUAAGGUCCACCUCAGAGCCGCUAGUAUUAGUUAUUUUUUUAUUUUAUUUGUUAGUUCGUAACUAAAAUAAAAUAAAGAUUAUUUUAGAAAACUCUCAUCUUCACUGGAACUUUCUGAAAGUAAAUAAAAGCACGACUCAGAAAAUGGACAGAGAAGUGAGACAAAUGAAGACUGACAAUAUCUAUGAAAAUGCUGAUGCUAUAAGAGGUGAAAUCACAGAAGACACAGGACACUUGAGAACAACGAGACUACAGCCACCUGAACUUACAGGAAGUGAUUAUGUGAGGAUUAGACACUACAGAGCAGCUGCAGUGUGUUUGGUGCUGCUGUGUGUUCUUCUGCUGACUGCAGCCAUUGUGCGGUGUGUCACAAUCACUCAAGAGAGAAAGCAGCUCAUUCAAGAGAGAGACCAGCUACUAAUCAAGAUUACCAACUUCACAGAAGAGAGAGACCAGGUUCUGACCAAGAUUACCAAUAUCACAGAAGAGAAAGGCCAGCUACUAACCAAGAUUAUCAACCUCACAGAAGAGAAAGACCAGCUACUAACUAACAAUACUAACCUUACAAAAGAAAGAGACCAGCUACUAACCAAGAUUAUCAACCUCACAGAAGAGAAAGACCAGCUACUAACCAAGAUUGCCAACCUCACAAGAGAGAAAUAUCAGCUACUAUCCAAGAUUACCAACCAAACAGAAGAGAGAAUCCAGCUGAUAAUUGAACUUCUGAGUGAUGGAUGGAUUUACUAUCAAUCAAGUCUUUACUUCAUUUCUUCUGAGGAGAAGAACUGGGCUGAGAGCAGAAGAUACUGUACAGAGAGAGGAGCAGAUCUGAUCAUCAUAAACAACAGAGAGGAACACGAGUUUGUUAAAAAGAUGUCUGAUGGUACUGGAGUCUGGAUUGGUCUGACUGACAGUGAUGUGGAGGGCAGAUGGAAAUGGGUUGAUGGCGCCAACAUGACCUCUGGGUUCUGGGCGACUGGAGAACCAAAUGGAUAUAAAAAAGAGAACUGUGCUGUGUUAUAUUCAUCAGGGUGGUAUGAUUAUCGCUGUAAUGAUGCUUUUAAAUGUAUCUGUGUGAAAAAUACUUAAAAACAGAAAAAGAAAAGAAAGAAAGAAAAAGAAAAAAAAGAGCAAUUAAAUAUAUUUGUGAAGUGUGUUGUAACUGAGUCAAGUUUCUUAAUAUUCUCACCAUAGAUGUAAAUAAUGGCAGUAACUACUGUAUCGGGUCAGUGGGUAAAGUACACGAGGACAUCUUAUCACAAUAAAUACAUUAUUUACACUCUGACCAGGAAUAUGGUCCAGCUCUGCAUGAUUUUAUCUCUUGGUGAAACAGUAUGAAAUUAGACUUAAAUGUCUCAAAAACUAAAGAGAUGGUUAUCAAUUUUAGCAGGAAAACACUUGCACUUGUGAUUAUUAAUGGUACACAGGUCAUUAGAAUAAAUGAAAAUUUCCAGGCAGGUGUGUUGGAGCUAAACUCUACAUGAAGAGGAAUAAACACCUAUAAACUAUUGCCAGUUCUUGACCCUAUGUAGACCUUAAUCUGUUUAAAUAUCACAAAAUAUCCAUGUCAGUCACUUUCUCAAACACAAGGUGUAGUUUUUUUGUG